AUGGCGGCCGGAAACCGCCCCAACAUCAUCUUCAUCAUGGCCGAUGACCAUGCGUCGAAGUCUAUUUCCUGCUAUGGUGCAGGCAUCAAUCACACCCCCAAUCUUGACAGACUGGCGACCGAAGGAAUGCGCUUCAACCACUGGACACACAACCACGUCAACGGGGUCAUGACCCUCGAUUCUAAGAUAAAUAAACACAUGCCCAACGUCGCCAAACAUCUCCGAUCAGGCGGCUACCAAACUGCGAUGGUGGGAAAAUGGCACCUGGGCGAAGGCAAGGAUCACGAACCGACCGGAUUCGAUUACUGGAGCGUCGUUCCGGGACAGGGUGAAUACCAUGAUCCUCAGUUUAUCGGCCCAGAAGGCAUAAGAAGAGAAUCGGGGUAUGCCACAGAUAUCAUCACCGAUAAGAGUCUGAACUGGGUCCGAAACCGCGACGUCAACCGGCCCUUCUUCUUAAUGUGUCACCACAAGGCCCCUCAUCGCAGCUGGGAGUACGAUCCCAAGCACCAUCAUCUCUAUACUGAGCCAGUUCGUCUCCCAGACACCUUCACAGACGACUACAAGAACCGAGCCAAAGCGGCGAAGGUGGCAAAGAUGCGCGUAGCGGAGGAUCUCACAUACAUGGAUCUGGGACUGGCUCAGCCAGACGGUGGGAGCGAUGUGGUCGGGCCUAAGAUGAUCGAUGCGUGGUGGUGGCACGAUCGGAAGGUCCCUGCUCCGGAGGAUGUGACAAAGUUACGCCUAAUCGACAAGCAAGACGGGACGGUAUUCACUUUCAAGACACCCGAAGAGCUAGCGGAAUUUAAAUUCCAACGAUACAUACAACGGUAUCUUCGUACGAUCCAGAGUAUCGACGACAAUGUCGGGCGUACCAUUGAUUUCCUCGACGCUGAAGGCCUUGCUGAAAAUACGAUCGUGAUUUACACCUCUGACCAAGGCUUCUUCCUCGGUGAACACGGCUGGUUCGACAAGCGCUUCAUGUACGAAGAGAGCUUCCAGAUGCCGUUCCUGAUUCGAUAUCCCCGAGAGAUUGCCGCUGGAACUGUUUGCGACGACAUCAUCUGCAACGUCGACUUUGCACCUACUUUCCUUGAUUUUGCGCAGCUGCGUGUCCCCACGUACAUGCAAGGUGUCACCUUCCGUGAGCUGUUGCGACAAAAGACGCCUUCCGAUUGGCAGCAAGUUGCCUACCAUCGCUACUGGAUGCACCGAGAUGUCAUCCACGAAGCUUACGCACAUUACGGCGUGCGUGACCAGCGGUACAAAUUGAUCUACUGGUAUAACGAGGACUUUGGGCUUGAAGGUACGCGGCCUGGAGGGGAGGAAAAGGAAUGGGAGCUUUUUGAUUGUGAGAAGGAUCCGCUGGAGCUGUUCAACUGCUGGCACGAGCCUGAAUACCGUGAGGUUGUAGAAAAAAUGACGAAGUUGUUGGAGGAUAAGAUGCAGGAAAUUGGGGAUGAGCCUGUGCACACCUAUGUAUCUACCAAGUAG